CUAGGAUUUCGCAGACUAUGAUAUCAUGUUUUGGUAUUGUAUCAGACCCAGGAGGAUGCGGAGACUCUCACAUCGUGUGGUAACGGUUAUAUUCAUCUGUGCUACUGUGAUCUUGCUCUGGUUAACUUCAACACCAGUCUCGGGACGCAAGAGCGCCGCCUGGACAGUCGCAGCAGAGAUACUGGAUACACUGGAUACUGCUGUGGGUGACUAUGUACGCUCUGCUGUGAACCUGUCCGUGCAAGCAGAAGAGAGCUUCUCGACCCGCCUCCUCGAGCGACGUGACGCAGCUGCUCAAGAACUCUUACAAUGUUUCUCUGGCCUCUCUCAGUUUGGUUCAUGCUCCUUGUCACAUAGCGCUGUUGACACGACUUCCGCACCGCCUGUCGUACCAUCGAUAAUUCCUCUGCCAGAUGACACUCAGAUCCACAACAUAUCUUGUUCUCGCAACAAGCCCAUCUCGUGUCUGUGUUCUUCCCUCGCAGGAAAGAGACUGACAAUGGUAGGCGGCGAUCAUGUAUACCGUUUCCACAACCUCCUCCUCGAUCACCAGAAGAAAUCCGAAGGCAAACGAUUUCCAUGCCUCGGGAAGGAGUUCUGUACCCACCACCAUCUAUGCUUGCGGGCUACCCGCAACAAUCCCGUCCUUAAGGAGGAGCCUAUGCGCUAUAUCAGUUCGCCAUCUGUCGAAGAGCUCGUACAAACUAGUUCAUCGCUGGUCAAUUACGUCUUGUCAGACACCCUUCUUACCUUUCCCGACCCUGAAGCGCCAGAGUAUUCUGUCCCAUACAUCCAUGCCUUCAGUGGCGUAAGGUCUCGCGAAACAUAUUGGCUAACUUCAGCGAAGAAAGCAGACGUCCUUCUACUGGGAAGGGGGUCAUUUAGUGCACCACCAUCGACGUACACAGGGAAUUGGUCAUUGCUUUUAGAUUUCCCGUCUCACACGGGAAGUUAUCAUGCGAAGAUACCUUCAUUUGCUGCAUCAAUACCGAACCCCCUUCAGAUUGUGGAUGCUGCAGUACAUGCGACUCUUUCGGUGUUUCUCCCUGAGAUCAAACAGAUGCUAAGUGCUCUCCAUGUCAAUGGUUGCUUGAACAGGAAAAAGAAAGUCAUCUGGUUGAUCAGCCAGCCGCGAUUUCCUGGGAACGGCCGCGGUCAUAAAAGCCUUUUCCUUCGUACAUAUUUCCUCCCCAAUGGACAGGAUGAGCCAUCGCCGGGCGACUUGAAAGCAGUUCUCCUUCGCCAUAUUGUACAAUCGACCAAUGGGCGCUUAGAUGAUCCCUGGACGCUUUACCACAACGUUCAAGUUUACUUGCAAGACCGUCUCCUUCGUCAAAUUCUGCCACGCUUCGGAAUUCACCUCUUGCAGUUAGACAGCUUUGUUGAAGCUGGUCCGAAUGUCGCUGGAUUUCAGCUACAAUAUCGAGGUUCACACACAUAAUGGACGCGACUUACCUCUUUUUUUCAGGAUCACGAAAAGCGAUGACAAUAGUAGUAUAUCUCCGAGUCCUCAUGUAUGUUGCAAACCCUCCGAAUUGAUAAAAUUUUGACCAGCGACUAGUACUCGUGUGUUAGCCAGCUCAAAGUGACAAUAAACGAAAUAAAUGUACUCAGCAACGCAGAGUUCUGCACAAACCAUCCUC